GACGGAGGCUACACGUGAGCCAUGGAUACGCCGCUAAGGCGCAGCCGGCGGCUUGAAGGUUUGAAACCUGUGUCCGGAAAGACCCUUCCUGAUCCCGCAGUUUCCCGGGCGAGAUGGGCCCUUGUAGAGUUCGAGUCGAACCCAGAAGAAACCAGCGAGCCGAAGUCUGAGAGAGUGCAGCCACUGGGCCUUGCGUCUCCCCAACCUCAGCCGGAGACAAGCCCCGGAUCACCCUGUCCGAAACAGGAUACAGGCUUCGGGUCGCCCCAAAGGCAGUCAGAGCCUGACUCCGGAUCCCUCCAAUCUCAGCAAGAUGUGGGCCUGGAGUCACCUUCAGGACAGAGAGAAUCGAGUCCGGAAACCCCCCAACAGGAGGAGCCAUCCAAAUUCUCUGCCACAGUGGGAGAACUGGACUCAGAGGUGGUCCACGCUAAGGAAGAGUUGGUUCCAGGAUCCCCAGAGCCUUGCCCGGGCCAGCAAGCACCGGGUCCCGAGCCCUCGCAGCCAGUACAAGAGCUGACAUCCCAGGCACCCAGCUCCUCAGAGCAACAGCAGGAACCAAGCAGGCUACCUCCGGCUGGCAAGACGGUGGCAGGAGGCCACGAUAUAAAGAAGCGACUUAUAUCUUCUCCCCAGGCCCUGGCGCCCAAGAAAUUGAAGGAGAAAGAGGAGCUUCCUGUUAUCCCGAAGGGGAAGCCCAAAUCCGGGCGUGUGUGGAAAGACCGCUCCAAGAAGAGGUUCUCCCAGAUGGUUCAGGACAAGCCCCUGCGUACCUCCUGGCAGCGGAAAAUGAAGGAACGACAGGAGAGGAAGCUGACCAAGGACUUCGCCCGGCACCUAGAGGAGGAGAAACAGAGGCGCCGGCAGGAGAAGAAGGCACGCCGGGCAGAGAACCUGAAACGCCGCCUAGAGAAUGAGCGGAAGGCUGAGAUUGUCCAAGUGAUCCGAAACCCCGCCAAAAUCAAGAAGGCGAAGAAGAAGCAGCUGCGCUCCAUUGAAAAGAGAGACACCCUGGCCUUGCUCCAGAAGGAACCACCCCAGCGGCCUGUGGCCAAGGUCUGAGCUCAGGACAGCACGGAGGCCUCCACAAGCCAAGAGCCACAACUAGCCACCUCUCAGGCCACUGUCAGACAUCUCUCCUGGGGCCAGCACACCAACUCUGUCGCAUUAAGACAGGGAGUGAAGACCAGAGGGAACCCAGGACCUCACAGGGUCUCAGGAGAGAUUUAACUCUCUCCAACUCCUUUUAGGUCUUUUCCAAAGUGCCUUAAGAUCUUGAACUGUUGCUAGGGUGGUGGCACAUGUCUUAAAUCCCA